GGCGGCGCCGAUUGGCUGGACGCGGGGACUGGAGUGAGGCUCCGGAGCAGAGGCGAGCGCCGUCUCAGGCCAGGCAGGGCCUGAGGUUCGCAGUGCGGCACCGGGGACCUGGGCAGCCUUGAGGCCGAGGCCCCGAGCGGAGCGGAGCGCCAUGCCGCGCAAGAAGCCCUUCAGCGUGAAACAGAAGAAGAAGCAGCUGCAGGAGAGGCGGGAGCGGAAAAGGCAGGGCUUCCCCGAUGGCGUGCGGUCCAGCUCCCACAGCCGGAGCGGGAGUCACGACCGGCACGAGGAGCAGACGGACACAUCAGACAGCGAGUCCUUCUCCCUGCAGGUCCGGAAAAUCAAUCAGCAGCCGGCGCCGCGGAAACCGGGAGAGCAGGGAUACGACCCUAACAGGUUCCGGCUGCAUUUCGAGAAGGAAAGCCGGGAGGAGAUCGAGCGAAGGAAGAAGUUCAUGCAGGAGAAGAUCAUCGAGCUCAUUCCAGAGACCGAACUGGAGGUGGACAUCGAUGACAUCUACAAGCCCGGGUCUGUGUUGGAUUUUCCAAAGCGAUCCCCCUGGAAUUACACAAUGACGAAGGAGCAGCUGCUGGUUCAGGAGGAAAAGGCCUUCCGCGACUACCUGGAGAAGAUCUACAGCACGUUCGAUCCCACCAAGCUCAGUUACUUUGAGCACAACUUGGAGACUUGGAGACAACUGUGGAGAGUUUUGGAGAUGUCCGACAUUGUUCUACUGAUCACGGACAUCAGGCACCCGGUGAUUCACUUUUCCCCAGCACUGUACGACUACGUGACCCAGGAGAUGAAGAGGAGCCUUACUCCUGGUUCUGAACAAAUCGACCUUGCUCCGCCCUCUCUGGUGGCAGCCUGGAAGUAUUAUUUCCAGCAGAAAUUCCCUCAGCUCCACGUCCUCUGCUUCACGUCGUACCCUCGGGAGAAACAGGGCGAGACAGAUCCCAGCACAGUGUUUCAGAAGCGGAGGCGGCGGCGACGAGUCCGAACGAUGGCAGUGGGUCCCAGACAGCUCCUUAAAGCCUGCGAGACCAUCACACAGGGCAAAGUGGACCUGACCAGCUGGAGGGAGAAGAUGGAGAGGGAUGCUACCAGCACUCACCGCGAGGAUCUGACCGACGAGGAGGACGAGGAGGAGGCCGUGCUGGUGGAGCACCAGACCGACGCUGCCAUGGAAAUGUGCGCUGCCGCGGACGAGCUCUACAAGGACGGGAUCCUCACCGUGGGCUGCGUGGGGUUCCCGAAUGUGGGCAAGUCAUCUCUCAUCAACGGGCUGGUGGGGAAGAAGGUGGUGAGUGUGUCCCGGACGCCGGGGCACACAAAGUACUUCCAGACUUACUUUCUGACGCCCACAGUCAAACUCUGCGACUGCCCCGGCCUCAUCUUCCCGUCACUCGUGGACCGUCAACAGCAGAUCCUGGCGGGAAUCUACCCGAUCGCCCAGAUCCAGGAGCCCUACACCUCGGUCGGCUACCUGGCAGCCAGGAUCCCCGUGCAGAAGCUGCUGAAGCUCAGGCAUCCCAGUCUGGGGGCGGAGGGUCCUGAGGAGCAGGCCCAGGCCAAGUUCACGGCCUGGGACAUCUGUGAAGCCUGGGCGGAGAAGAGGGCGUACAAGACGGCCAAGGCGGCUCGGAACGACGUGUACCGGGCAGCCAACAGCAUCCUGCGGCUGACGGUGGACGGACGCCUGUGUCUCUGCAUGCGCCCCCCGGGGUACACGGCGCAGAAAGUGGAGUGGCUCCAGCACAGCGAGACCCAGGAGAUAGCCGCCCUCCAGGAGGCCCACCGGCAGCAGAGCAAGCAGAGUUCGGAGGACGAGGACGAGAUCUCCAGCUCCGACCAGGAGGACGACGAGAAGGACCACGACGCAGACGAGGAGGAGGAGGGAGAGGAGGAAGGAGAAGCCUGGCGCGGGAGGCAUCACCACCCAGUGCCGGCCAGCAAAGGGCACAGGGGAGCACUACUCAGCAAGAACAAGUUUGCUGUUCUGGGAGAGGAUGAGUGUUGAUAUCCCGGCGUUCCGAGUGUGUCCGGCCAGCAUUGUGGGACCAGGGACCCUUUAAGGACAAACAGAACCCGAUGCGUAUGCAUCUUCCAACAGGAGCGUUGCUUCUGUUGCCUAUUUACUUCAUUCCGGAGUGCAUUGAGGAACCCCAUUCCUGGUGUUGCUGUGUUCCAAUAAAGCUUUAUUUACCUUA